AUGUGGGUCAAAAAUAAAAGCCACAAGCUUUCUGGCACAUGUUACGAUGAAGUCUGCUUGGAAACUUCCUACUCGCGCUUCCGCCCUCAUUCCGCCGCGGUCACCACUGGUGAAGGUCAUCCUCUGCCUCCCACCUCUCCUGACCCUCCUGACCCUCCCUCCCCCUUCCCUAUUAACCAUUUCCCACCUCUCUCACCAUCCCCUCUGAAGAACCUUAUCCAAACUGCUUCUGGAAAAAAAUCCAGAUCCUCUCCACUACAAGUCAAAGUCGGUCUCUCUGAUGACGUAACUAUGGCUGAGCCUCCCACUGCUACUAAUGAGAUCUUGACCUCUGUCUCUAACUCUCUGAAAGUUGAUCUACUUUCAACUUCAACAGUAACUACUGUUCACUCUUCUGUGAGUACAGAACAAUCUCCACUGGCCACGCCGUUAGUAACUGGAUAG